AAGCGCUACACACGUCACUUCCGGGCGGUGAGAGUGAGCAACCAUGGCUGCGUUUUCUGAAAUGGGCGUGAUGCCUGAAAUUGCUCAGGCCGUUGAAGAGAUGGACUGGCUGUUGCCAACCGACAUUCAGGCCGAGUCUGUUCCACUCAUUCUCGGUGGAGGAGAUGUCCUUAUGGCUGCUGAGACAGGGAGCGGCAAAACCGGAGCGUUCAGCAUCCCGUUGAUCCAGAUAGUGUACGAGACGCUGAAGGAUCAGCAGGAGGGGAAAAAGGGUCGCGCCGCAGUGAAGACGGGCGGAGCAGUGUUUAAUAGAUGGCAGAUGAAUCCAUAUGAUAGAAGCCCGGCGUUUGCUAUCGGUCCAGAUGGCCUUUGCUGCCAGAGCAGAGAGUUUAAGGAGUGGCAUGGCUGUCGUUCCACCAGGGCUGUGACCAAGGGGAAAUAUUACUAUGAAGUCAGCUGCCAGGACCAAGGCUUGUGUAGGAUUGGCUGGUCUACUAGCCAGGCUGCCCUGGACCUGGGCACAGACAAGUGUGGCUUCGGAUUCGGCGGGACAGGAAAGAAAUCCAACAACAAGCAGUUCGAUAGCUAUGGAGAGGAAUUUACAAUGCACGACACCAUUGGAUGCUACCUUGACUUGGACAAAGGCCAUGUGUCAUUCUCCAAAAAUGGUAAUGAUCUGGGCCUGGCCUUCGAGGUUCCACAGAACCUGAGGGGUCAGGCCUUCUUUGCUGCUUGUGUACUCAAGAACGCUGAACUGAAGUUUAACUUUGGUGGAGAGCCUUUCAAGAACACACCCAAACGGGACUUUGUGGCUGUGGACCAAGCCCCAGAUGGCCAUGUUGUUAAAACCACCCAGACUGGAAGUGCUAUGGUGAGUCAGGUGAAAUCCAACAGCAAUGCCCCCAGGGCUCUGAUUGUGGAGCCAUCCAAAGAGCUGGCUGAGCAGACCCUCAACAACGUCAACCAGUUUAAGAAAUAUGUCGAAAACCCAAAACUACGAGACUUGCUGAUCAUCGGAGGAGUGGCUGCCAAAGAGCAACUCUCUGUUCUGGAAAGCGGGGUUGAUAUAGUGGUGGGCACCCCAGGCAGACUCGAUGAUCUCAUAUCUACAGGGAAGCUGGAUCUGUCCCAAGUGCGCUUCCUCGUUCUGGAUGAGUGUGAUGGGCUGCUCUCAGCCGGCUACACCGACUUCAUCAUGAGGGUCUACAACAAGAUCCCCCAGGUCACUUCUGAUGGAAAGAGACUGCAGGUGAUUGUGUGUUCAGCCACGCUGCACUCGUUCGAUGUGAAGAAGCUCUCCGAGAAGAUCAUGCACUUCCCCACCUGGGUGGACCUGAAGGGCGAGGACUCUGUCCCAGAGACAGUGCAUCACGUCGUGGUGCCCGUCAACCCCAAGAGCGACCGUCUCUGGGAGAAACUUGGCAAGAACCACAUCAGGACUGAUGAAGUGCACGCCAAAGACAAUACAAGGCCUGGAGCCAACACUCCAGAGAUGUGGUCCGAAGCCAUCAAGAUCCUGAAGGGCGAGUACGCAGUGCGCGCCAUCAAGGAGCAUAAGAUGGACCAGGCCAUCAUCUUCUGCAGGACCAAGAUCGACUGCGACAACAUGGAGCAGCACUUUAUCCAGCAGGGAGGAGGUCCUGAAAAGAGAGGCCAUCAGUUCUCAUGCGUCUGUCUCCAUGGCGACAGGAAGCCGAACGAGCGCAAAUACAACUUGGAGAGGUUUAAGAAACGGGAGGUGAGGUUUCUGAUUUGCACAGACGUGGCAGCCAGAGGAAUCGACAUCCAUGGUGUACCGUACGUAAUAAACGUGACCCUGCCUGAUGAGAAGCAGAAUUACGUGCACCGCAUCGGGAGAGUGGGCAGAGCUGAGAGGAUGGGUCUGGCCAUAUCCCUGGUUGCUAUGGAGAAGGAGAAGGUGUGGUAUCAUGUUUGUGCCAACAGAGGUCGAGGCUGCUAUAACACCAGGUUAAAGGAAGAUGGAGGAUGCACUAUAUGGUACAACGAGAAAGAGUUGCUGGGUGAGAUUGAGGAGCACCUGAAGUGCACCAUUACCCAGUGUGAGCCAGACAUUAAAGUUCCUGUGGACGAGUUCGAUGGCAAGGUCACGUACGGCCAGCGCCGAGCUGCAGGAGGUGGUCUUUAUAAGGGCCACGUCGAUGUACUGGCUCCUACCGUGCAGGAACUGGCUAACUUGGAGCGCGAGGCCCAGACGUCUUUCCUCCACUUAGGCUACCUUCCCAACCAGCUCUUCAAAGCUUUCUGACACGGUUCCCUCAGACGCCAUCAUGGUCGUGUCAGCAUUUCCAGAAAGCCAAAACCAAGUCACAUUUAAUUGGGAGCUCUUUUUGUUUUGUUGGUUUUGCUUACAUGCAUGUAAAAUUGUUUCUCAUUUCUCACAGGCACAGCAGUGCAUUUGUUUGUUCCAAAAUAAGGCAUUUCUUUUGUUAUGCUUAUAAUGAAAUCAGUUGGCAAAAUAAAUCAUUAACUGCAUAACCA